AUUUCACACGAAAAACACAUAUCUUGUUUAAUUAUUGUGACUCCUAGUGUAUUUACGAAGUGCUUUUACUUUAUUUUUUGUUUUAUUAAUGUGGAACGGUUUUUAUCCAGCCUGAACUAACCCCACUGACUAGCUUCGAUGUUGUCAGUUUUCUUCCGGUAGUAUUGAACGUUGAUCUAGCGGUGAUUUUAGCAGUCCUGUGAAGGGUAAUUUUAGCGAUCUGACCAUGAGACGGAGCCCAAGGAGACCCCUGAUUCUGAAAAGAAGAAAACUUCCAUUUCUGCAAAAUGAACCAACUCAGGCUGACAAGCAAACUCAGCACGGUGCAGCAGGGUCUGGGGAGCCGAUUAAACCAGCAGCCAGCCAGUGCCUCCCAGGCAUCCCCAUCAUGAAUCACCCCUCCAUGUCUGACACUCAGGUGGUUGUCAUCCCUAAAGAGGCAGAUCUGCAAAGCAUCAUCGGUGUGCUCACUGCAAAGGGCAAAGAGAGUGGCGUCCAAGGCCCAAACAAGUUCAUCCUUCUCAGCGAGAGUGGCAGCAGGGGCAAUGGAUCUUUCUGCCAGGCUGCUGUCAAAGAGGAGUCAUCUCCUGCAGGAAGUACUGCUGCACAACCAGUGAAGUCAGAUACUAUCCACAAUAUGCCAGAUGCUAAACCUCUCACUGGAAAUCAGUCAAGUGCAAGUUGCAGUCCUCUAGAUGACAGCCUCACCAAUAUCCAGUGGCUGGGAAAAAUGAAUACCAGUGCUUUGGAGCCACAGCUUGCAAAUCAGACAACUGACAAGGAGAAGAAGCUUCAGGCACCACAGAUUUUACAGACCCACAGUACAAAUUCCAACCCAGAAGGUUCCCAUCAGCCCACGUUACAGAGACCGCCGUACUCCUACACGGCCAUGAUCCAGUUCGCCAUCAACAGCAGGAAGAACAGAGGCAUGACGCUGAAAGAAAUUUACACAUGGAUCGAGGACCAUUUCCCUUAUUACCGAGAAGUGGCCAAACCAGGAUGGAAGAAUUCAAUCCGCCACAAUCUUUCUCUGCACGACAUGUUCAUCCGCGAGCGGUCGCCAGAUGGUAAAACCUCUUUCUGGACAAUUCGACCAGAUAUCAAUCGAUGCCUGACCCUUGAUCAGGUUUACAGGCCUUGUUGCGAUCCGGGGACCGUUUCUUCUCCUGUGUCGUUGCUUCCGUGUCCCCACCAACAUGAAAAGAAGAAUAUAUCUGCCGUAAGAAAAGCACCAGCUUCUACUGAGAGGAGGAUGAAACCGCUGCUGCCCCGCAAAGACUCUUACUUGGUUCCUAUCCAGCUGCCCAUUGCCUCCUCUGCUUAUCUGCCGUCCUUGUCUGGUUCUUAUUGCCCAUCUGGCUCCAAGCACAAACAAAAUGCUUCACGCGGGACCAAGAGAGUCCGCAUUGCCCCCAAGGUGACGGAGGGCGACAGUCCAGCCGUGGCUCUGGCUCCUCAGGUCGACCUGAAGGUGGAACCUGUAAAUGUUCCGACAAAACGUGAGACACGUAAACCUCCUCCGAAGAGGCAGUCCAGCAGCUCCCGCCGUAAGCAGAGCCUGGUGAACUCUCUGCAGGACGAGCCCAUCCUCCUCUGCCCCGACAACAGCUUCUUUGACUCUGGCGUCGCCUCGGACGUGUCCACCUCCCAGGACGUGAGAGAAGCAAACAGCACCGAGCAGCAGCAGCACUUCCAGGGCAGCCCCGAGCGGGAACUCUACUUCAAGACGCCCAUAAAGAGUCACAGCCACUUGAGCUCCUCCACGCCGAGCAAGCCACCGCCCAACGUCACACUUGAACCCUGGAAGGUGACGCCCGUCGGCAAAGACGGCCAAAGCGUCCUGGACUUCAGUCCUAUCCGCACGCCGGGCGGUCCCGUUGUCACGCCCCGACAGGAGUACACCACCUUCAGCUUCAACAGCACUCCCUUCAAGGAGCUGCCGCUGUUCAGCUCCCCCCGGGAGCUGCUCACCCCGGCCCCCUGCAGAGCCCCGCCUACGGAUUCCCCCACCGAGACGCAGCUGGCGGACGCGCCCGCCGCUUCGCCGUCCAACCGCUCCAUCACGGAGGGCCUCAUCCUGGACACCAUGAAUGACAGCCUGAGCAAGAUUCUGGUGGACAUCAGCUUCUCCGCGCUGGACGACGAAGACCUGGGCAUCGCCAACAUCAGCCUGUCCGAGUUCCUCGGUCAGUUCAUGUAGCCCGAAGGCCAAAACGCUAGAAAUCCGUUGUUGAACACUAAAGCACACACGCACCGACUCAGCAAAACAGACGUAUUUCUCAUCUGCUCAUGAUCCACCUGUUGUGUGUUUUUGAUGGUUAUUGCUGGAGGUGUGUGAUCAAUCUCAGUUUGUGGUUAGUUUGAUUUCUGUCUGAAUAUAAUUUAUUAAUUUCACUCCAGUACAAAUAACAAAGCAGGGUAUUCAGAAGGCUUCACCAAGGUCUCACGUGGUGCUUUAAUUGGCAAAGAGACUGCACUCAUUCAUCUUCCACUUUGUAUUUGCCUGUUAUUUUUUAUUUUUUUGUAACUUUCUCAUGUUUGCACUUGCUUUUUACUGUUCUGUGUGUCAGAUUCUUCUCUUGCGUGUGGCCCUGCUCUUUUGUAUUGCCUUUUAGCCGCUCUGCAUCGCUGUCACUUACAGGAGCUGCAUGAGAAGAGAAAUAUUUAAGUGUAUACAUAUGUUGAUUUGCACAUUAUAAUAUAUGACUUGCAGUUGUACAAUAGAUUAUUUGAUCACUUGGUAAACUCUGUUGUUGGGUUCCAAAGUCUUACCAGCAAUAAAAAAAAACAAAAGUAUUACAAGUAGCACUAACAGCAAUAGGAUUGUCUGAUUGUAGAACUGUUGUCAGAAAUCUUCACUGUAAUUAUUGGAUGUGCCGUUGUCAACUGAAGGGCAUUUUAUCUGAACAUAGGAAUUUUUGUGAACUUAUCUCUUAAGGCAGAAAAUACAGAAUAUUUAGUAUGUGUCUUCAGUAAGAAAGACUAUUUGCAGUAUCAUCUUUGAGGUUGAGGCGUGACCUAUUUCUGUACCACUGAAUAAUGUGUGUUUUUAAGAACAGGUCCUUGAGUUGUCUCAGCUUUUUAAUCUCAGCACUAUGAAUCCAUCUGUUUAUGAAGAGAGGUUGUUUUCUGAAGUAAGACUACAAUAAAUUCCUUAGAUCCUCAU